CCUUGCGAGCUACGGCCUUAUGUGAGUAUGUGAGCCGCUACAUGGAAUCUCUCCAGAUGGUCAAGGAAGACUCUGCCUCCUCUCUGCCCUGAGUUUUCUUAUUGAGCCCUGAGAUAGAGAGUUUAUGGUAGAGGAAGGAGGAGGAUAAUUGGAGAAACGAUGGAACCAUGUACCAACACGACCCCAAGGACCCCAGCCGUGUUGCUUAUCUUCUUCAUUGCCCUCUCCUUCCUCCUCAGCUUCAGCAGCUGUGCCGACCAAACUUACCUAUACGACGUAUGCUCCUCCAACACAACUCUUUUUGCUUCCAAUAGUAGCUACCAAUCCAACCUCAACAUCCUCCUCUCUUCUCUUUCCUCCAACGCCACAUCCAACUCCAACUACGCCUAUCACAACGCCACCAUCGGCCAGAGUCCCAAUACCGUUUACGGCUUCUAUUAUUGCAGAGGCGAUGUCACCCACGAUGUCUGUCGUGAUUGCGUCAAAGCCGCAGCUACUGAUAUUGUCCAGCGCUGCCCCAACAGAAAAUUUGGAUACAUUUGGUACGAAAUGUGUACGCUCCGCUACUCCAACCAGUCCUUCUUCUCCACUGUUGCCGAAUCCCCUCACAUCUUCAUGUGGAAUACACAGAACAUAUCUGACCCUACUCGGUUUAAUCAGGUCUUGAACAAAACCAUGAACGACGCCGCCACUAAAGCUAUCUCUAAUUCUGAGAGAUUCGGCACUCGAGAAACUACUUUUACUCUAUUUCAGAAUUUGUAUUGUCUAGCGCAGUGCAGCCCUGAUCUAACAAAAAACGACUGUGACACAUGCCUUGUGGGUGCCAUUUCCUACAUCCCCACUUGCUGUAGUGGCAAGCAAGGAGGAAGGGUUCUUUUUCCGAGCUGUAAUAUCAGGUUUGAGGUGUACCCUUUCUAUACAAUCACAGCUUCAGCGCCAGCUCCUUCGCCUACUCUUCUUGUUUCUCCGCCGCCUCCGAGUAACAAAACCACCAUUACUGAACAAAAAGGAAGCUCGUCUAGAAAAUUUGUUGUCAUUUUUGUGCCAAUUGCUGCUGCUGCAGGAGUAUUGAUUCUUUUCUGUAUUCUCUGUUUGCUAAUCCGGAAGAAAAAGAAGGAUCCAUCAAAGGACAAUGGUGAAAAUACAAUUAGAAUUGUAAAGGCGUUGCAAUUUGAGUUUAGUAUGGUCCUUGCAGCCACAAACAACUUUGCAGAGGAAAACAAAAUUGGUGAAGGAGGAUUUGGUUCCGUUUAUGAGGGUAAUCUUCCCGACGGGCAAAAAAUUGCAAUAAAAAGGCUCUCAAAACACUCAGGACAAGGUGCAGAAGAAUUCAAGAAUGAGGUUGUGUUAGUUGCAAAGCUUCAACACCGUAAUCUAGUUAGGCUAUUGGGAUUUUGCUUGGAGGACGAAGAAAAAAUCCUUAUCUAUGAGUUUGUACCCAACAAAAGCCUCGAUUACUUCCUAUUUGAUCCAGAGAAAUGUGUGCAGUUAAAUUGGCAAAGACGUUAUAAAAUCAUAGAAGGGACUGCUCGAGGGCUUGUUUAUCUUCAUGAAGAUUCCCGCCUCCGUAUCAUUCAUAGGGAUCUUAAAGCCAGCAAUAUCUUGUUAGAUGCAGAAAUGAAUCCCAAGAUCUCAGACUUUGGGAUGGCAAGAAUAUUUGGUGUGGAACAAUCUCAAGCAAAUACAAACAGAGUAGUUGGGACUUAUGGUUACAUGCCUCCAGAGUAUGCAAUGCAUGGGCAGUUCUCAGUCAAAUCAGAUGUAUUCAGCUUUGGUGUAUUAGUUUUGGAGAUUAUAACUGGAAAGAAGAAUAGUAGUUUCUAUCAAAUGGACUUUGCUGAUGACCUUUUAAGCUAUGCAUGGAGACAUUGGAAUGCAAGAACAACUUUAGAUAUGAUUGAUCCAAUUUUAAGAGAAAAUUGUUCAAGAAGUGAAGUGAUGAGAUGCAUUCAAAUGGGGUUAUUAUGUGUUCAGGAAGAUGCAGCUGAUAGACCUACUAUGGCGAGCAUAAUCCUUAUGUUGAGCAGCUUUACAGUUACUCUUCCAUCGCCCUCACAACCAGCAUUCUUUGUGCGAAGCAGAAUGGAAUCAGGCAUACUUAUAGAAGGGAAACAAAUGCAGAAUGCCGAAUCAGACCAAUCUAAAAGCAGGUGGACACCAAUAUCUGUUAAUGAAAUGUCAAUCAGUGAGUUAGAGCCCAGAUAAUGUGAGUGAAUCAAGAGUAAUGCACAAUAAGUGUAUGCUAGUCACCAACUGUGGUUGGGUCUGUGCAGCAUUUAGUCAUGCCUUGGAUGGAAAUAACUAUUUGCUUAAGCAAGUGAACAAAAUUCAUAUA